AUGUUAGUCAAGCUUACGAUCAGCUCUUCCGCAGUCAUGUUUAUAUUUUACGUAGUCGUGCUUUUAACUUUUUCCGCUACACACCUGCAAGGUACACCGGUUCAAAAUGUCUCCACUGCGUUUAUCGACAAGCAGGGCCUAAUUGAUCUAACACGUUUCGGUGAACGCAUAUACGGCCACCCCGACAAGGCGGCUGGUCAAAAGCUCUCCAAUCUCGAAGCGUACGAAAUGCUGAAUCCAGAGGAACUCGGUCCCUACCUAGAGGGGGACCUGCUCAUACCGCAUGGCCAAAAACUCAUAUACCGCAAUGGUCUCACAGCAUAUAGUGCACGUUGGCCGAGAGGCAUUGUACCCUAUGAGAUAAAGGGGCGUUUCAGUCAGCAAGAAUUGGCGGUGAUUGACAAUGCCUUCCAGGAGUAUCACAACAAAACGUGCAUACGCUUCAAACCACGCUCCAAUGAGCGCGAUUAUGUUGUAAUCACAGGCGAUAGUACCGGCUGUUGGGGAAGUGUGGGACGGUUGGGUGGCAAGCAGGUUGUGAAUUUGCAGCCUGUUUCUUGCUUCCGUAAACCCGGCACACCGCUGCAUGAAUUGAUGCACGCACUCGGCUUCGUACAUGAGCACAAUCGACACGAACGCGAUAGCUAUAUACGGGUGCUGCGUCAGAAUGUUAAGAAUGGCAUGUUAUUCAAUUUUGAUAAGGCUUCUCCGUCGGAGCUAUACAGUUAUGGUGUACCAUAUGAUUAUGCAAGUGUUAUGCAUUACUCGAAGAGAAGUUUCUCGAAGAAUGGCCAGCCAACUAUUGAGGUAUUGAAACAAACGAGUGAUUCGAGCUUGAUGGGCCAACGGAUCGGUUUCUCCAAAGGUGACAUCGCCAAAUUGAAUGCAAUGUACAAAUGCAAAACACAAUAA